CGGGUGCGCUGAGAGGAGGGAGUGUCACUGAGCUCGGGACACGGGGAGAAGAACAAACUCCGGAGUCUCCUCUGUAACAGGUACAGAGAUUACAGAGCUGUGGAUCUUCAGCGCCACCUACAGGGCAGAUAUAGAGGAACAGCAGCAGGAGCCAAAGAAACGUUCUGUGUUUUGGGACUUGAAGACGGGAGAAGAUAAAGUCAAAUAUUACAACAUGGAGAACAAAAUCAGUCGCACUGUGACACGCUCUGUAGUCACUCGCACAGCCGUACACUCAACGAGCACCGUGCAAACAAGAGUUGUCCAAAGCCAAGAGACCUCCCAAAGUUCUCACUGGGCCAAGAAUCAACAGGAGUUACUGGCUGCUGAGCCCACCAAGGUCUCACCAAUCAUUGCCGGGUUCUUUGGGGAGAAAAGCAAGGAGAAGAUCAGUAUCUACCAAGCCCUGCAGGAAAAACUGGUGGCCAAGGAAGUGGCAUUGCCAAUGCUGGAAGCCCAGGCCGCCACUGGUGAUAUCAUUGAUGUAAAGAGCAACCAAAAACUGACAGUGGAGGAUGCCGUUGAUCAGGGGAUAGUUCCCCGGGAAUUCCAAGAAAAACUGCUUUUUGCAACCAAGGCAGUGACAGGUUACAAGGACAAAGAUGAAAUGUUGUCGCUGUUUCAAGCAUUCAAGAAAGGCAAAGUCAGUCAACUGAAUGUGGUACAACUGCUGGGGGCUCAACUGGCCACUGGUGGUAUCAUGGAUCCUACAAAUGGUCAGCGAGUGCCUUUGGAAGAGGCCGUUAAACGAAAUCUCCUUGAUGAAGAAAUGUCUAGAAUGUUCUCUAAAAGCAGCGACUCGGUCAAAUGCUAUCUAGACUCCAAUACACAAGAAACUGUAACUUAUGAGCAGCUUUUGGCCAAAUGCACCACCGAUACUGAGACAGGGUUACUCCUUCUUCCACUGCAGGAAACCCUUCAAGGGCUAAGGAAGCCUGUGACUGCAGAACAACUGCUGAAGGCCAAUAUUAUCAGCCAGGCUUCAUAUGAUGAUAUAAGGCAAGGCAAAGAACGUUUAGAAAAUGUUGGGGAGCACCAUGAAGUCAAGCAGUGCUUGGGAGGAUUGGGGAGCAUUGGUGGAAUUUAUGUAGAGAGCACCAAAGAGAAAAUCAGCAUCUACCAAGCCAUGAAGAAGAACAUUCUCCCACCAGAUGUGGCAACUGCUCUGCUGGAAGCACAAGCUGCUUCAGGCUUUAUAAUAGAUCCAGUGAGCAACAGAACCUUCACUGUUACAGAAGCCAUCAAGGAGGAGCUAAUUGGACUUGAACUGAUAGAGAAACUACUCUCUGCUGAAAGAUCUGUGACUGGAUUCAAUGACCCAUACACCAACAGCAGGAUCUCUCUGUUCCAAGCCAUCAAGAAAGAACUUAUUGACAAGAACCAAGGCAUGAAUCUGCUGCAAGUCCAGAUAGCCACAGGGGGUAUCAUUGAUCCAAUUAACAGCUUCUAUGUUCCCGUGGAAGUUGCUUACCAGCGAGGAUUGCUUGAUGAGGAGUUCACACAUCUCUUAUCAGAUCCUCUUAAUGGCCCCAAAGGUUUCUUGGAUCCGAACACCAAUGAUAUUGUAACUUAUGCAGAGCUAAAGGGAAGAUGCACUGUGGAUCCAGAAACGAAACUCUUCUUUCUCCCUUUAAAACUCACCUUCCAAGGGAUAAGAGGCAAAGUUACUGUUGAUGAACUGUUGGACUCUCUGAUAAUUGAUAGAGAAACGCUUGAAGACCUACAGCAGGGAACAACAUCUGCUAAAGAAGUUGCUGAUCUGGAGAUGGUGAGACAAUAUCUUGAAGGCACUGGAUGCAUCGCAGGUGUGGCCAUAGUAUCUUCCAGUGAGACAAAGAGUAUAUAUCAAGCAAUGAAAGAACAUUAUCUCUUGUCAGGAACUUCCAUUGCUCUUCUGGAAGCCCAGGCAGCCACUGGAUUUUUGAUGGACCCUGUCAAGAACCUAAAAUUUUCUGUUGAUGAAGCUGUGAAAAAUGGCUUGGUUGGGCCAGAACUUUAUGAAAAACUCCUUUCUGCUGAGAAAGCUACAGCAGGGUACAAAGAUCCUUAUAAUGGACAGACAAUCUCCCUCUUCCAAGCUAUGAAAAGUGGGUUUGUAGAGAGACAUCACGGUAUUCAGCUCCUGGAAGUGCAGGUGGCCACUGGUGGCAUCAUCGACCCACUACACAAACACCGUGUCCCAAAUGAGAUAGCUUACAAGCGAGGCUUUUUUGAUGAUGAAAUGAACAAGAGAAUAUCUGCCAUGAAGGAUGAAUCCAAGGGAUUUUUUGAUCCAAACUCAGAAAUAAAUCUGAGUUAUGGAGAGAUGUUGCACGGGUGUCUUGUUGAUCUCGUUACAGGCCUAUAUCUUCUUCCAAUCUUUGAUAAGACUCUUCAAGCAUGCAAACUUCCAAAUACUCUAACAGACUACCAAACAAAAAUGACCCUAAAAGCAGCUAAAAUGCCUGUGACUUCUGGGAGAUACAAAGCUCAAAACAUCUCCAUUUGGGAACUCUUAUUCUCAGACUAUUUCACCACUGAGGAAAGAAUUUCACUAGUUAAUCGGUUUAAAUGCCAGACUGUAACACUGGAUGAGUUAUCCAGCCAGAUCAAUACAAGCAUUCAGCACAUAGUAUCAAGCACCAAAGUCUCCUUUGAAGGGCUUAGGGAGCGCGUGACCCCCGGACAGCUCCUGAAUUCUGAUAUCAUAGACAAGACUUUGUAUGAGAAGCUGGAGCAGGGCGAAGCCUCAGUAAAGGACGUAGUAAACAUGGACACAGUAAAGAAAUACCUUCAGGGUACUGGGUGCAUUGGUGGACUGAUUCUUACUGAGACUCAAGAGAAAAUGAGUGUCUAUCAAGCAAAGAGAAAAGCCCUGCUCAGACCAGGAACAUCACUGAUCCUCCUGGAAGCCCAGGCUGCAACUGGAUUCAUCAUAGACCCUGUGGAGAACAAGAAGUAUUCUGUUGAUGAGGCCCUUAAAGCAAAUGUUAUUGGGCCAGAAUUUUAUGAGAAGCUGCUUUCGGCAGAGAAAUCUGUGACUGGUUACAAAGAUCCUUACACUGGGGAGACAAUCUCCCUCUUCCAGGCUAUGAACAAAGAACUGAUCGUGAAGGAUCAUGGAAUACGUCUUCUAGAAGCCCAGAUAGCUAGUGGAGGCAUCAUUGAUCCAAUAAAUAGCCAUAGGAUUCCAGUGGAGGUUGCUUAUAAGCGGGGUUACUUUGACAAAAAAAUGAACCUAAUCCUCUCAGAUCCGAGCGAUGACACCAAAGGAUUCUUUGACCCAAACACUAAUGAAAAUCUCACCUAUUUACAACUGAAAGAGAAGUGCAUUACUGAGCCGCUCACCAACCUCUGCCUCCUCCCUCUGCACAGUAAGAAGAACUUGUUUAGUAUCAAUGACUACAUUAAGGACUCACUCAGAAAUCUGGACAUUUAUGUAAGAUAUGGAAGAUUUAGGGGACAAACAGUCUCUGCUUGGGUUCUAAUAAACUCUGAGUACUUCAGUGAGUGGAAAAGGAGAUACAUCAUAGAACAGUACAGACUGCGGAAGAAGACACUUGAGGAGAUAACCAUUCUAAUUCAAGAGGAAAUGAACAAGUGGGCCGACAUCCGAUUCCCUGCUCUUAGGGGGCAAAUCCAUAUUCACCAUCUUCUGGAGUAUGAGAUCAUUGACAAACAGCUGUUUCAGCAGGUCCUGGAUGGAAACAUUAAGGCAGAAGAUGUACUGAAAUCAGAAAAGGCCCAAAGACAUCUGCAUGGUUCUGAUAUACUGGGUGGGGUUAUCCUUAAACCAUCUAACCAAAGAAUCAGCUUCCUGGAGGCAACAAAGAAAAGAAUUUUGCUCCCCAGUACAAUUCUCCCAAUACUUGAAGCCCAGGCUGCUACUGGCCAUAUAAUUGAUCCAUCAAGCAACCAGAAACUGACUGUUGAUGAAGCUCUUAAAGCCGGAGUGAUUGAUCCACAGCUUUAUGAUAAACUUUUGACAGCUGAAGAAGCUGUAACGGGCUACAAAGAUCCAUUUACAGGGAGAAAAAUAUCCCUCUACCAGGCUAUGAGAAAAGGACUUGUGGAUGAGAAGCGUGCCACCCAGCUUUUAGAUGCCCAGCUGGCCACAGGAGGCAUUAUUGAUCCAGAGACUGCCUUACAUCUCCCACUUUCUGUAGCCAAUAAACAUGGUUUAUUUAAUGAUGAAUUGCAUAAAAGCUUGUCUACAGAUGCCAUAAAAUCCUACUAUGAUCCUACCACCAAACAAAUGGUGACUUACUCAGAACUGGUCAGUAGCUCAGAGCAGGAUAAAUCCACAGGUCUCUGUUUGUUUCCACUGCUCGAGGGCUUUGCUGAGGUUCCCACAGAUAAUAUUUACUCUGAUGAGGAAGUAAAGGAGACAUUCAAAAACACAAGGAUCGAAGAAAGGAACACAACAUUGUGGUCCCUGAUACAUCAUGGAUACUUUACUGAGGAACAGAGAUCUCAGAUCCUGGAGAGAUACAAACUGAAGAAAGCAACAUUGCAAGAGGUCACUAUUGAGAUUCUGCAAUUUGUCAAAGAUAAUGAAAUCAAAAUGACCACUCAUAUCAGCUUUGAAGGCCUUCGGGGGAAAGUCCCAGCAAUACAUCUGCUGGAUCUGGGCAUUCUAAGUCAGACAGAGUUGAAUGAACUUUUGCAAGGGUUGAAGACAAUUGAGGAAGUGUCUAAGGUGGAGAGUGUAAAAAAAUACCUGGAAGGAACUGGCUGCAUCUCUGGGGUCUUCCUACAGUCAACCAAUGAGAAAAUGAGUUUUUAUCAGGCAAUUAAAAGAAACCUCAUCAUGCCUGCCAAUGGGUUACUGUUCUUAGAAGCUCAGGCUGCCACAGGGUUUUUAAUCGAUCCAGUAAACAAUCAGAAGUACUUAGUGGAUAGUGCUGUUAAGGCUGGUGUUGUGGGACCAGAAGUUCAUGAGAAGUUGCUGACAGCUGAGAGUGCUGUGACCGGGUUCCUCGACCCCUAUACAGGAAACAAGAUUUCACUGUUGCAAGCCAUUGGCAAAAAUCUACUUCCACAUAAUGAAGGAGUUCCACUUCUCCAGGCCCAGCUUGCAGCUGGAGGAAUUGUUGACCCAAACCACUGCCAUUAUUUCCCAUUACAAAUGGCUCACAAACUUGGUUUUCAGGAUGAUGAAAUUGACAUGGCCAAAUCAACAAUCAGUCUAAAAGCUUUCUUUGACCCAAACACCAAAGAGAACCUGUCGUACAUGGAGCUAAAAGAGAAAUGCUAUAAAGACCCAGAGACAAGUCUCCUAUUAUUACCACUCUCAGAAAGUCCUGCCCUUUAUGCUGAUGGAAACAUUAUAAGUGUGCUGAAAUCUGUUACAGUCACUGUCCAGGCAGGAAGAUUUAAAGGUCAAACUGUCUCUGUUUGGGAACUUCUUAAUUCUGAAUACAUCCACAUAAGCAAAGCAAAGGAGUUGCUAACCUACUACAAUAAAAGCACUGCUGAGACUCUCCAGUUGCUCAUAAAAACAGUCACAACCAUCAUCGAAGAGACAGAGAAAGGAAGCAAAAAGAUACAAUUCAAAGGUCUCCGAAGGCAAGUUUCAGCAAGUGACCUGUUCCUCUCCAAUGUGAUAGACAAACAGACACUUGAUGACCUUAAUCUCGGGAAGAAAACAAUCACUGAAGUCACAGAGAUGGACAAUGUCAAGCGCUACCUGGAAGGAACAAACUGCAUCGCAGGGGUACUUAUACAGGCCACCAACAAGAAGAUGAGCAUCUAUGAGGCCAUGCUCAAAGGAAUUCUCAGACCCGGAACAGCCCUAGUGCUUUUAGAAGCCCAAGCAGCCACUGGAUUUAUUGUCGACCCUGUGAAAAAUGUGAAGUUGUCUGUUGAUGAAGCAUUAGGCUGUGGACUUAUAGGACAGGUGAUCUUCAAGAAGUUGCUCUCAGCCGAGCAAGCGGUGACUGGUUACAGAGAUCCACACAAUGAAGAAAAGAUUUCCCUGUUCCAAGCUAUGAACAAGAAACUGAUUGUGGAAAGUCAUGGAAUCCGCCUUCUAGAGGCCCAGAUUGCUACAGGAGGUAUCAUUGACCCAGUGCACAGUCACCGAAUUCCAGUAGAUACGGCUUAUAAGCGUGGCUAUUUUAAUGAAGAAAUGAAUACAAUUCUCUCUGACCCCUCUGAUGACACCAAAGGAUUCUUUGACCCAAACACCCAUGAGAACUUAACUUACCUACAACUGGUAGAAAGAUGCAUCCAAGACCCUGAGACCGGACUGUAUCUCCUACAAGUUGUGAAGAAGGGAGAGAAUUACUUUUACAUCACUGAUACGGUUAAGGAAGAGUUACGGUCAAAACAUGUGCUGAUGCAUCAUGGAAAUUUCACAAACCAAACAGUAUCCAUCUGGGAAAUUCUUUCUUCUCAGUACAUCACAGAGCUCAAGAGGAGAGAACUUGUAAGGCUGUAUACAGAGGGAGUAAUGACAGAGGAACAUCUCAUAUCCUCUCUAAACAAGCUCAUUAUGGACUAUGAGAGCAAAAGUAACAUAUUAAUGUUCAAGGGGAUAAGGGGUGAAGUAUCUGCCACAGAACUAUUUAAUGCAGAGAUAAUUGACAAAAAGACCCUAGAUGACCUGAGGGCUGGCAAAAAAACAGUGCAGGACAUUGCUCAGUUGGACUCCAUAAAAACAUAUCUGGAGGGGACAAGCUGCAUAGCUGGUGCCUUUUUAGUACCAGACAAUGAAACAGUCAGUGUGUAUGAAGCCAUCAGGAGAGGAAUCCUACCUAAAGAUAUUGGCUUAACACUUCUUGAAGCCCAAGCAGCCACUGGGUUCCUUAUAGAUCCAGUAAAGAAUCAAAGACUUUUUGCUUCUGAAGCAUUGGCUGCUGGUCUUAUUGGUACCGAUGUUCAGAAUGAGAUUGAACUUGCAGAACAGGCAGUUACUGGAUUCCCAGAUCCUGUCUCUGCCAAUAAACUGUCACUUUUACAAGCCAUUAUGAAGGGUUUAAUUAAUAGAGACUAUGGACUUUAUCUGCUGGAGGCCCAGUUGUCCACCGGAGGUGUAAUCGAUCCACUUUCAAGCCACAGAGUUCCUCUAGGUGUGGCAUAUAAGAAAGGGUUUAUGGAUGAAGAUACUUAUAUCUUUUUAUCAGACAGAAAGAAAGGAUUUACUGAUCCAAACACCCAUGAAAGAAUGAGUUAUAGAAACUUGAUGGAAAGGUGCACAAAAGACGCCAAAACUGGACUUUAUUUACUUCAACUAGCGAAAAAAAGGGAUGAAUACUUCUACAUUGAUAACCCAACCAAAAACAUCCUGACAUCUACCACAUUAAAAAUGCAUGCUGGAAAUUUCCAGGGCCAAGAUAUUUCUCUGUGGGAUAUCUUAUGCUCCAUCUACGUCUCUGAAGAGAAAAGAAAAGAACUCAUAAAGAAAUAUAAAACAGAGACUAUGGCAACUCUUAAAUCCAUGAUAGCAACUAUAGUGUCCAUCAUUGAGGAGAAGGAAACCACUCAAAGUGAUAUUUGGUUCCAAGGAUUGAGAAAGCAGGUGACGGCCUCUGAAUUGUACAGUGCCGGGAUUAUCAAUAAAGAAACACUAGAGGGGCUCAAGCAGGAACCACACACUAUAAUAGAUGUAGCUCAAAAUGAAUCUGUCAAGAAAUACCUUGAAGGAACCAGUUGCAUUGCUGGAUUGCUUGUCCCAUCCAUAGAGAACCCGGCCAAAAAGGUGAAGAUGAACAUUUACAAUGCCAUGUUAAAACGCAUUCUGAGACCAGGAACUGCACUUGUUCUGCUUGAGGCUCAAGCAGCCACUGGAUUUAUAAUUGACUCCAUACAAAAUAAGAAACUCGCUGUAGAAGAAGCUUUUGAGGCUGGACUGAUUGGCUAUGAGAUUUACAAGAAGCUCCUUUGUGCAGAAAAAGCAGUGACUGGCUACACUGAUCCUUACACUGGCAACAAAAUUUCCCUCUUCCAAGCAAUGAAAACGGACUUAAUUGUGAAAGAACAUGGGAUCCGUCUCCUAGAAGCCCAAAUAGCCACAGGGGGCAUUAUUGACCCAGUGCACAGUCAUCGUGUUCCUGUAGAAGUGGCCUACCAACGUGGAUACUUUGAUGAAGAAAUGAACCAGAUCCUCUCUGACCCAACUGAUGACACCAAAGGAUUCUUUGACCCCAAUACCCAUGAGAAUCUAACUUAUAUGCAGUUGAUCAAACGGUGUGUUCAGGAUCCAGAAACAAAGCUGUAUAUGCUAGAGAUAUCUGACAGCAAGUUCUCUCUUGUUAACAAACAAAGCGUGCUGCAGCAGAAGACUGUUGAGAUGACAACUGGACUGUUCCAAGGCAGGAAAGUCUCUGCCUGGGAUCUCAUAUAUUCACAGUACAUUUCCACAGAGAAAAGAGAUGAACUUCUAAAGAAAUAUACAUCAGGCACCUUGUCCAUUGAGGAACUGAUAACAAUCCUUAUCAGUAUCAUUUAUGAGAGAGAAGCAACAGUCCAACCAACAAAUACCACCGAUGCUGUCCAACAAGAUGAACAAAUCCAAACAUUGUUCCUGUCUGAAAAGGUUGAUGUGACAAUGGGGGAUUUCAAGGGGAAAAGUGUAUCCUUGUGGGAGAUUCUCAACUCUCACUAUAUCUCUGAGGAUGAAAGAAAAGAACUAAUGGAAAAAAUGAAAUUGGGAAGCAUAACCACAGAAGAAAUUAUAGCCAUUGUCAUCACUAUCAUCACCAAAACAGAAAUGAAAAAUGUUAAGCAAGUGCAGCAGAUUGACCCAUUUAACCAGUGUCUCCAAGACAACGACAUCCAGGAGGCUCUAAAGAAUAUCAGCAUUCAUGUGACAAAGGGGCAGUUUCAAGGUCAGGAAAUUUCCAUCUGGGAUCUCCUUCAGUGCAAAUACCUAACAGAAGAAACAAGACAAGAAUUAAUAGGGGAUUACAGACUGACCAUUGAGGAAAUCAUAAAGACGGUCACUCAGACGGUUAAAGACACAGAAUCCAAGAGUGGCAGAUAUGAGUUGCGCGAUGAAGUGUUCAACGUGUUACAGACCGUGAAGACUGAAAUGACAGUUGGUGAAUUUAAAGGUCAGAAAUAUUCUGCAUGGGAACUUCUGAACUCAAAAUACUUUUCUAAAGAUAAAAAGAAAGAACUGCUUGAACAGUUUAAUCUAGGAACAUUGAACAUCCAUGAACUGAUCCAAAUAAUCACUAAAAUAAUAGAGGAAACUGAAGAAAAGACUAAAAAGUUAAAGUUCAAAGGACUGAGAAGGCAAGUGACUGCCACUGAACUGCUCACCUCAGAGAUCAUUGACCAAGACACCCUACGAGAACUAGCUCAGGGAAGGAAAACGGUGGAAGAGGUGACUGGAAUGGAUACAGUGAAAAGAUACCUUGAAGGAGAGAGUUGCAUUUCAGGAAUUCUUGUGCCAUCUAUACAGGAACCCUCACAGAAAGACAAAAUGAGCAUCUAUAAUGCUAUGCAGAAAAACAUCCUGAGACCAGGAACCGCUCUGGUACUUCUAGAAGCUCAGGCAGCCACUGGAUUUGUCAUUGACCCAAUAAAUAAUGCAAAACUUUCUGUAGAUGAAGCAGUAGCUGCUGGUGUCAUAGGCAAAGAACUCCAUCGAAAGCUCCUUUCUGCAGAACGGGCAGUAACUGGUUAUAAGGACCCUUAUACUGGUGACAAGCUCUCACUCUUCCAGGCCAUGCAGAAAGACCUGAUAGUAAAAGACCACGGCAUUCGUCUGCUUGAAGCCCAAAUUGCUACAGGUGGUAUCAUUGACCCAUUGCACAGCCACCGUGUUCCAGUGGAUGUUGCUUACAAAAGAGGCUACUUUAAUGAAGAGAUGAACCAGAUCCUCUCUGAUCCUUCUGAUGACACCAAGGGCUUCUUUGAUCCAAAUACCCAUGAGAACCUAACUUACAUGCAGCUGCUCCAGAGAUGCAUUAAGGACUCAGAUACUGGACUUUACUUACUAGAGGUUAAUAGGGCCAAGUCUACUCACUUCAAGGCAGAGACCAAUUUUGAAAGAAGAUUAAAGUCCCUCACUGUCCAUCUAAAGAUUGGCCAAUACCAAGGGCAGAAUGUAUCCCUCUGGGAACUUAUCAAUUCACAUUAUCUCUCAGAAGAGAAGAGACAGGAGCUGCUAAUGAAAUACAAAACAGGUGUCAUCACUAUUAAUGAGUUGCAGAUAAUCAUUAUAAAUACAAUUGAAGAGUUGGAAAGUAAAAAGACUAUGCAUUUGAAUGGAUCAGUCCAUGAAGAGUUGGAUCAGCAAACUGUACUGAGCUCUGAGUUUGUGCAGGUUACUAAAGGCAAGUUUAUGGGCCAAAAGAUCUCUGUCUGGGAGAUCCUGAACUCUGAAUAUAUUACAGAAGAGAAGAAGAAAGAGAUCCUACAGAAGUACAGCUCAGGGGCUUGGACACUAGCAGAAAUCAUUAAGAUCAUUACAACAAUCAUUGCUGAUGUAGAAGAGAAUAUACAGAAGCUAGAAGCAUCUCUUGAUAUUAUACCUGGAAAUGAGAAACUCCACAAAGCCCUAAAAUCCAUAAGAGUCAAUGUUCCAGCUGGUGAGUUUCAGAAAGAGAAAGUGUCUCUCUGGGAAAUUCUUCACUCAAAAUACAUCUCAUCAGAUAAAAGGAACGAUCAACUCAACAAGCACCAGGCCACAGUAGACACAUUAAAGGGAGUUUUAAUAAAACUGAUUGAAGACAAAGAAGUGAAGGGAGAUGAGGAAGUGAAACAAACACUUGAGCAGAAGUUUGUGGAUGUGAGUGUAGGUGAAUUUAAAGGACAACAUGUUUCCUUGUGGGUUUUGCUUUAUUCAAAAUAUAUCUCUGAAGAGAAGAGAAAAGAACUUUUAAAAAAAUAUAAAUCAGGGACAUUGACACUGGAAGAAAUGUUCAGAAUCAUCAUCACUAUUAUUGAGGAGAUUGAGGAGCAAAGUCACAAGUUAAAGUUCAAAGGACUCAGGAGGCAGGUGACAGCUACCGAGCUUCUCCAAUCUGAAAUCAUUGACCAUAAUACCAUGAAUGAGUUGACUCAAGGCAUUUGGACAGUGGAACAAGUGACUCAGAUGGACUCAGUGAAACGAUAUCUUGAGGGGACUAGUCCCAUAGCUGGUGUUUUUGUUACCUCUAAGAAAGAAGGCUCACAAAGAGAGAAGAUGACCAUUUAUGAUGCCAUGUUAAGAAGAAUAUUGAGGCCAGGGACAGCAUUGGUUCUUCUUGAAGCACAAGCAGCUACUGGGUUUGUAGUUGACCCUAUACAGAAUAGAAAACUUUCUGUUGAGGAAGCUCAAACUGCUAGACUUAUUGGCCCUGAGAUUUACAAUAAACUUCUGUCUGCAGAAAGAGGAGUGACCGGCUACACUGACCCCUACACUGGAAACAAAAUCUCCCUCUUUCAAGCCAUGAAGAAAGAGCUGAUUGUUAAAGACCAUGGUAUCCGUCUCCUAGAAGCACAGAUUGCCACUGGUGGUAUCAUCGACCCUGUGCACAGUCACCGAGUCCCUGUAGAGGUGGCCUACAAGCGAGGCUACUUUGAUGAAGAAAUGAAUAUAAUACUUUCUGACCCCAGUGAUGACACAAAAGGUUUCUUUGAUCCCAAUACUCAUGAGAAUCUCACUUACAUGCAGCUUCUCCAGAGAUGUGUUGAAGACCCAGACACAGGGAUGUUCAUGUUGGAUGUGAAAGACACCAAAGCCUCUCUUGUACAAACAGACUACACAACUACACUGCAGUCUAAAACUGUUCAUAUCCAGUCUGGUGAAUACCAGGGCAAGAAUGUGUCUGUUUGGGAACUUCUCAGUUCUAAAUAUAUUUCAGCUGAGAAAAGAGAGGAUCUCUUAAAGAAGUACAGAUCUGGAAGCUUGUCCACUGACGAACUCAUAACUAUUAUUAUUACCAUCAUUAAUGAGACAGAGGCAAGUGUGUCAUCAAAAGACUCAACUGACAGUAAUAAUGAAGAUGAUCAAAUUAUGAUAUUAUUCCAAUCAGAAAAAGUAUCCAUGUCAGUGGGGGAUUUCAAAGGACAGAGUGUUUCACUUUGGGAACUUCUUAAUUCUCAUUAUAUCUCAGAUGAAAAGAGGAGGGAGUUAUUAAGCAAAGUGAAAUCAAGGACUUUGACUCUCCAAGAAACUCUUACAAUUAUAAUCAAUAUCAUCCAAGAAACUGAGCAAAACAUAAGUAUUAUGGUGCAACAACAUCCACAGGUGUCAGUUGAACAAGGUCUAAAAUCGGAUCCUGCAGUUCAUGCUGAUGAAAUCCAGAAAUCACUUCAAAAUAUCAAUGUUCAUGUCAGGACCGGUGAAUUUCAAGGUCAAGAUGUUUCUGUCUGGGAUUUACUUCACUCAAGAUAUAUAAGUGAAGAGAUGAGAAAGCAACUGAUUGGUAAUUAUGAGUUGACUGUUCAAGACUUGAUAGCAAUUGUUGUUCAACUAGUGGAACAGAAGAGCAGCAAAUCACCUUUACAUGCAGAAUACAACAUGACUGAGGAAGCACUCAAUGUUCUACAGAUGGAGACAAUGGAAAUCUCUAUAGGAGAAUUUAAGGGCCAGAAGCAUUCUCUGUGGCAAAUAGUCACAUCUAAAUACUUAUUUGAAGACAAAAAGAAAGAACUACUUGAGCAGUUUAAUCAGGGGACUGUUAGUGUGCAUCAACUAAUCCAAACAAUCAUCACAAUUAUUGAAGAAAUUGAACAGAAGAGUAACAAGUUGAAGUUCAAAGGACUGAGAAGGCAAGUGACGGCCAUUGAACUGCUCACCUCAGAGAUCAUUGACCAAGACACUCUACGAGAACUAGCUCAGGGAAGGAAAACUGUGGAAGAGGUGACUAAAAUGGAUACCGUGAAAAGAUACCUUGAAGGAGAAAGUUGCAUUGCAGGAAUUCUUGUGCCAUCCAUAAAGGAACCCUCACAGAAAGACAAAAUGAGCAUCUAUAAUGCUAUGCAGAAAAACAUCCUGAGACCAGGAACCGCUCUGGUACUUCUAGAAGCUCAGGCAGCCACUGGAUUUGUCAUUGAUCCAAUAAAUGAUGCAAAACUUUCUGUAGAUGAAGCAGUAGCUGCUGGUGUCAUAGGCAAAGAACUCCAUGGAAAGCUCCUUUCUGCAGAACGGGCAGUAACUGGUUAUAAGGACCCUUAUACUGGUGACAAGCUCUCACUCUUCCAGGCCAUGCAGAAAGACCUGAUAGUAAAAGACCACGGCAUUCGUCUGCUUGAAGCCCAAAUUGCUACAGGUGGUAUUAUUGACCCAUUGCACAGCCACCGUGUUCCAGUGGAUGUUGCUUACAAAAGAGGCUACUUUGAUGAAGAGAUGAACCAGAUCCUCUCUGAUCCUUCUGAUGACACCAAGGGCUUCUUUGAUCCAAAUACCCAUGAGAACCUAACUUACAUGCAGCUGCUCCAGAGAUGCAUUAAGGACUCAGAUACUGGACUUUACUUGCUAGAGGUUAAUAGGGCCAAGUCUACUCACUUCAAGGCAGAGACCAAUUUUGAAAGCAGAUUAAAGGCCCUCACUGUCCAUCUAAAGAUUGGCCAAUACCAAGGGCAGAAUGUUUCCCUCUGGGAACUUAUCAAUUCACAUUAUCUCUCAGAAGAGAAGAGACAGGAGCUGCUAAUGAAAUACAAAACAAGUGCCAUCACUAUUAAUGAGUUGCAGAUAAUCAUUAUAAAUACAAUUGAAGAGUUGGAAAGUAAAAAGACUAUGCAUUUGAAUGUAUCAGUCCAUGAAGAGUUGGAUCAGCAAACUGUACUGAGCUCUGAGUUUGUGCAGGUUUCUAAAGGCAAGUUUAUGGGCCAAAAGAUCUCUGUCUGGGAGAUCCUGAACUCUGAAUAUAUUACAGAAGAGAAGAAAAAAGAGAUCCUACAGAAGUACAGCUCAGGGGCUUGGACACUAGCAGAAAUCAUUAAGAUCAUUACAACAAUCAUUGCUGAUGUAGAAGAGAAUAGGGAGAAACUUGAGGCAAAGGAAACAGAAAGCUCAUCAGUUUCUCUCCAUUCAACCACAGAUACAAAUAAGCAACUCCACAAAUCUCUGGAUGUCAUUACAGUUAGAGUCCCGGCUGGUGAGUUUCAGAAAGAGAAAGUGUCUCUCUGGGAAAUUCUUAACUCAAAAUAUAUCUCAUCAGAUAAAAGGAACGAUCAACUCAACAAGCACCAGGCCACAGUAGAGGCAUUAAAGGGAGUUUUAAUAAAACUGAUUGAAGACAAAGAAGUGAAGGGAGAUGAGGAAGUGAAACAAACACUUGAGCAGAAGUUUGUGGAUGUGAGUGCAGGUGAAUUUAAAGGACAACAAGUUUCCUUGUGGGUUUUGCUUUACUCAAAAUAUAUCUCUGAAGAGAAGAGAAAAGAACUUUUAGAAAAAUAUAAAUCAGGGACAUUGACACUGGAAGAAAUGUUCAGAAUCAUCAUCACUAUUAUUGAGGAGAUUGAGGAGAAAAGUCACAAGUUAAAGUUCAAAGGACUCAGGAGGCAGGUAGCAGCCACCGAGCUUCUCCAAUCUGAAAUCAUUGACCAGAAUACCAUGAAUGAGUUGACUCAAGGCAUUUGGACAGUGGAACAAGUGACUCAGAUGGACUCAGUGAAACGAUAUCUUGAGGGGACUAGUCCCAUAGCUGGUGUUUUUGUUACCUCUAAGAAAGAAGGCUCACAAAGAGAGAAGAUGACCAUUUAUGAUGCCAUGUUAAAAAGAAUAUUGAGGCCAGGGACAGCAUUGGUUCUUCUUGAAGCACAAGCAGCUACUGGGUUUGUGGUUGACCCUAUACAGAAUAGAAAACUUUCUGUUGAGGAAGCUCAAACUGCUAGACUUAUUGGCCCUGAGAUUUACAAUAAACUUCUGUCUGCAGAAAGAGGAGUGACAGGCUACACUGAUCCCUACACUGGAAACAAAAUCUCCCUCUUUCAAGCCAUGAAGAAAGAGUUGAUUGUGAAAGACCAUGGUAUCCGUCUCCUAGAAGCACAGAUUGCCACUGGUGGUAUCAUCGACCCUGUGCACAGUCACCGAGUCCCUGUAGAGGUGGCCUACAAGAGAGGCUACUUUGAUGAAGAAAUGAAUAUAAUACUUUCUGACCCCAGUGAUGACACAAAAGGUUUCUUUGAUCCCAAUACUCAUGAGAAUCUCACUUACAUGCAGCUUCUCCAGAGAUGUGUUGAAGACCCAGACACAGGGAUGUUCAUGUUGGAUGUGAAAGACACCAAAGCCUCUCUUGUACGAACAGACUACACAACUACACUGCAGUCUAAAACUGUUCAUAUCCAGUCUGGUGAAUACCAGGGCAAGAAUGUGUCUGUUUGGGAACUUCUCAGUUCUAAAUAUAUUUCAGCUGAGAAAAGAGAGGAUCUCUUAAAGAAGUACAGAUCUGGAAGCUUGUCCACUGACGAACUCAUAACUAUUAUUAUUACCAUCAUUAAUGAGACAGAGGCAAGUGUGUCAUCAAAAGACUCAACUGACAGUAAUAAUGAAGAUGAUCAAAUUAAGAUAUUAUUCCAAUCAGAAAAGGUAUCCAUGUCAGUGGGGGAUUUCAAAGGACAGAGUGUUUCACUUUGGGAACUUCUUAAUUCUCAUUAUAUCUCAGAUGAAAAGAGGAGGGAGUUAUUAAGCAAAGUGAAAUCAAGGACUUUGACUCUCCAAGCAACUCUUACAAUUAUAAUCAAUAUCAUCCAAGAAACUGAGCAAAACAUAAGUAUUAUGGUGCAACAACAUCCACAGGUGUCAGUUGAACAAGGUCUAAAAUCAGAUCCUGCAGUUCAUGCUGAUGAAAUCCAGAAAUCACUUCAAAAUAUCAAUGUUCAUGUCAGGACCGGUGAAUUUCAAGGUCACGAUGUUUCUGUCUGGGAUUUACUUCACUCAAGAUAUAUAAGUGAAGAGAUGAGAAAGCAACUGAUUGGUAAUUAUGAGUUGACUGUUCAAGACUUGAUAGCAAUUGUUGUUCAACUAGUGGAACAGAAGAGCAGCAAAUCACCUUUACAUGCAGAAUACAACAUGACUGAGGAAGCACUCAAUGUUCUACAGAUGGAGACAAUGGAAAUCUCUAUAGGAGAAUUUAAGGGCCAGAAGAAUUCUCUGUGGCACAUACUCACAUCUAAAUACUUAUCUGAAGACAAAAAGAAAGAACUACUUGAGCAGUUUAAUCAGGGGACUGUUAGUGUGCAUCAACUUAUCCAAGCAAUCAUCACAAUUAUUGAAGAAAUUGAACAGAAGAGUAACAAGUUGAAGUUCAAAGGACUGAGAAGGCAAGUGACUGCCAUUGAACUGCUCACCUCAGAGAUCAUUGACCAAGACACUCUACGAGAACUAGCUCAGGGAAGGAAAACUGUGGAAGAGGUGACUAAAAUGGAUACAGUGAAAAGAUACCUUGAAGGAGAAAGUUGCAUUUCAGGAAUUCUUGUGCCAUCUAUAAAGGAACCCUCACAGAAAGACAAAAUGAGCAUCUAUAAUGCUAUGCAGAAAAACAUCCUGAGACCAGGAACCGCUCUGGUACUUCUAGAAGCUCAGGCAGCCACUGGAUUUGUCAUUGAUCCAAUAAAUGAUGCAAAACUUUCUGUAGAUGAAGCAGUAGCUGCUGGUGUCAUAGGCAAAGAACUCCAUGGAAAGCUCCUUUCUGCAGAACGGGCAGUAACUGGUUAUAAGGACCCUUAUACUGGUGACAAGCUCUCACUCUUCCAGGCCAUGCAGAAAGACCUGAUAGUAAAAGACCACGGCAUUCGUCUGCUUGAAGCCCAAAUUGCUACAGGUGGUAUUAUUGACCCAUUGCACAGCCACCGUGUUCCAGUGGAUGUUGCUUACAAACGAGGCUACUUUGAUGAAGAGAUGAACCAGAUCCUCUCUGAUCCUUCUGAUGACACCAAGGGCUUCUUUGAUCCAAAUACCCAUGAGAACCUAACUUACAUGCAGCUGCUCCAGAGAUGCAUUAAGGACUCAGAUACUGGACUUUACUUGCUAGAGGUUAAUAGGGCCAAGUCUACUCACUUCAAGGCAGAGACCAAUUUUGAAAGCAGAUUAAAGGCCCUCACUGUCCAUCUAAAGAUUGGCCAAUACCAAGGGCAGAAUGUUUCCCUCUGGGAACUUAUCAAUUCACAUUAUCUCUCAGAAGAGAAGAGACAGGAGCUGCUAAUGAAAUACAAAACAAGUGCCAUCACUAUUAAUGAGUUGCAGAUAAUCAUUAUAAAUACAAUUGAAGAGUUGGAAAGUAAAAAGACUAUGCAUUUGAAUGUAUCAGUCCAUGAAGAGUUGGAUCAGCAAACUGUACUGAGCUCUGAGUUUGUGCAGGUUUCUAAAGGCAAGUUUAUGGGCCAAAAGAUCUCUGUCUGGGAGAUCCUGAACUCUGAAUAUAUUACAGAAGAGAAGAAAAAAGAGAUCCUACAGAAGUACAGCUCAGGGGCUUGGACACUAGCAGAAAUCAUUAAGAUCAUUACAACAAUCAUUGCUGAUGUAGAAGAGAAUAGGGAGAAACUUGAGGCAAAGGAAACAGAAAGCUCAUCAGUUUCUCUCCAUUCAACCACAGAUACAAAUAAGCAACUCCACAAAUCUCUGGAUGUCAUUACAGUUAGAGUCCCGGCUGGUGAGUUUCAGAAAGAGAAAGUGUCUCUCUGGGAAAUUCUUAACUCAAAAUAUAUCUCAUCAGAUAAAAGGAACGAUCAACUCAACAAGCACCAGGCCACAGUAGAGGCAUUAAAGGGAGUUUUAAUAAAACUGAUUGAAGACAAAGAAGUGAAGGGAGAUGAGGAAGUGAAACAAACACUUGAGCAGAAGUUUGUGGAUGUGAGUGCAGGUGAAUUUAAAGGACAACAAGUUUCCUUGUGGGUUUUGCUUUACUCAAAAUAUAUCUCUGAAGAGAAGAGAAAAGAACUUUUAGAAAAAUAUAAAUCAGGGACAUUGACACUGGAAGAAAUGUUCAGAAUCAUCAUCACUAUUAUUGAGGAGAUUGAGGAGAAAAGUCACAAGUUAAAGUUCAAAGGACUCAGGAGGCAGGUAGCAGCCACCGAGCUUCUCCAAUCUGAAAUCAUUGACCAGAAUACCAUGAAUGAGUUGACUCAAGGCAUUUGGACAGUGGAACAAGUGACUCAGAUGGACUCAGUGAAACGAUAUCUUGAGGGGACUAGUCCCAUAGCUGGUGUUUUUGUUACCUCUAAGAAAGAAGGCUCACAAAGAGAGAAGAUGACCAUUUAUGAUGCCAUGUUAAAAAGAAUAUUGAGGCCAGGGACAGCAUUGGUUCUUCUUGAAGCACAAGCAGCUACUGGGUUUGUGGUUGACCCUAUACAGAAUAGAAAACUUUCUGUUGAGGAAGCUCAAACUGCUAGACUAAUUGGCCCUGAGAUUUACAAUAAACUUCUGUCUGCAGAAAGAGGAGUGACAGGCUACACUGACCCCUACACUGGAAACAAAAUCUCCCUCUUUCAAGCCAUGAAGAAAGAGUUGAUUGUGAAAGACCAUGGUAUCCGUCUCCUAGAAGCACAGAUUGCCACUGGUGGUAUCAUCGACCCUGUGCACAGUCACCGAGUCCCUGUAGAGGUGGCCUACAAGAGAGGCUACUUUGAUGAAGAAAUGAAUAUAAUACUUUCUGACCCCAGUGAUGACACAAAAGGUUUCUUUGAUCCCAAUACUCAUGAGAAUCUCACUUACAUGCAGCUUCUGCAGAGAUGUGUUGAAGACCCAGACACAGGGAUGUUCAUGUUGGAUGUGAAAGACACCAAAGCCUCUCUUGUACGAACAGACUACACAACUACACUGCAGUCUAAAACUGUUCAUAUCCAGUCUGGUGAAUACCAGGGCAAGAAUGUGUCUGUUUGGGAACUCUUGCAGUCUCAUUAUAUUUCAAAGGAAAAACGAGAGGAACUUUUAAAAAAAUACUCAUCGGGAAGUUUCUCAGUUACAGAUCUAGAAACUCUAAUUAUCACAAUCAUCUCUGAAACAGAGCAAGCAAAAGCUGCAGUCGUAACAAAGGAAGAUCCAAAAAUCCAAACAACUCUAAAAUCUGUAACUAUUGAUAUCUCUGUCGGGAGUUUCCAGAAAAAAUCAAUGACAAUCUGGGAUCUUUUAAGUUCAGAUUACUUUUCUGAGAGUGAAAGAAAAGAUCUAAUAGAGAAGCUCCAUGCUGGGAUAUUGACUUUAGAAGAAAUAAUCAAGUUUAUUGUCACUGUAGUUACAGAGAAAGAAACAAAGACCCUAAAAAGUGUCACCACGACAACUCAAGUUCCGAGGAAGGAGAUAAAACAGAAAUCUAAUGACCUUAGCCAGUGGCCCCCGGAAGAGCAACUUCAGAAAGCUUUGGAGGCUAUUCCAUAUGAAGUGUCCCGACAACAAACUGAAGGGGAGAAACAAGACAGUGUGUCCAUUUGGGGCUUUUUGCAAAGUGAGAAACUGCCUGAUGAGAAAAGAAAAGAAUUGUUACAGAGAUGUAAAAACACAAUACAAGAGGUUCUGAGUGGCUGCAUCAAACUCAUCCAGGGAAGUGGAGAGUUACAGUUUUCAACUGAAACCUUUUCUGUUGAUGAGCAAACACAGAAGUUAUUACAAAAUACAACAACUGAAAUUUCUGUUGGUGAAUUCAAAGGUCAAAAGAUGUCACUGUGGAACCUUCUUCUCUCCAAAUACAUAUCAUCUGAGAAAAGAAAGGAAAUAUUAAUGGCAUAUCUUACCGGAUCCUCCUCUAUCCAGGACAUUAUAAGAAUCAUCACCAUCAUUAUAGAAGAGACUGAAGAAAGAUCUAGUAAGAUUAUUUUCAAGGGGCUCAGACAACAGGUUACGGCUGCAGAAUUGCUGAACUCUGAAAUUAUUGACCAAAAGACCCUUGACGAUCUCUCCAAAGGAAGCAAGACCCUGGAGGAGAUAACUCAAAUGGACUCUGUGAAAAGAUAUUUGGAAGGAACAAGCUGCAUAGCUGGAGUGUUUGUCCCUUCAAAAAAACAUCCUUCUAAGAUGGAGAAAAUGAGUAUUUACCAAGCUAUGCGGAAACAUGUUUUAAGACCAGGCACUGCCUUGGUGCUUUUAGAAGCUCAAGCUGCAACUGGCUUUAUAAUUGACCCAAUCAACAACAGAAAACUGUCAGUAGAUGAAGCCAUUUCUUCUGGGGUGGUUGGAAAAGAGCUUCAUGCAAAACUCCUAUCUGCAGAACGUGCGGUUACUGGCUACAAAGAUCCCUACACUAGUGAAAAGAUUUCCCUCUUCCAAGCCAUGAAGAAGGAUCUCAUUGUCAAAGACCAUGGUAUCCGUCUUCUAGAAGCACAGAUUGCCACGGGAGGUGUCAUAGACCCUGUGUACAGUCAUCGUGUCCCUGUGUCGGUUGCCUACAAGCGCGGGUACUUUGAUCAAGAAAUGAACCAGGUUCUUUGUGACCCUACUGAUGAUACCAAGGGUUUCUUUGACCCAAACACUCAUGAGAAUCUCACCUAUAUGCAGCUGUUACAAAGGUGCAUUCAAGACCCAGACACUGGGCUGAGUAUGCUAGAGGUGAAGGAUGGGAAGUCACCACUUUUCCAGGUUGACAAGACAAUACAAACCUCCUUGCAGUCUCAGACUAUGAACAUUAGGGUCGGUCAGUACAAAGGUCUGAAUAUCUCUGUCUGGGAACUUCUCACUUCUCACCAUCUUUGUGAAGCUGAAAAGGAAAGGCAAGACCUUCUAAUGAAGUACAAAGCUGGAUCAACCACUGUGCAGAAGCUUAUGGAAGAGCUUGCAUUACUAGUUGAGAAGACUGAAGAGAAGAGAAGCAGCUUUACAGUAGGAAGCUCCACCUUAACCCAGGCCUCUAAAGAGGACACUGAAAAAAAGAAGCACAUUUUCCUGAAGUCUGUGGAGGUUGAAUUGACUGCCGGCCAUCUCAAAGGCCAAAAGAGUUCCCUUUGGCAGCUUCUCAACUCUUCAUAUAUCACAGAUGAGAAAAGAAAUGAACUGCUUAAUAAGUAUGAAAGUGGAACCCUAACACUUGAACAGCUCAUGCAGUCAAUCAUAGCCAUCAUGGUGGAAGCAGAGAAAACUGUCAUAAAUGGUUCAGAUGAAGCUGGUGUAACGGAAUCAGGAAAGGCAGGUGAUGAUUGCCCAUCAGGACCAAUAAUUCAGUCCCUGACCCAUUUAUCGACCUUCCUUUCCACUGAUGAAUUCCAUGGUCCCAGUGUUUCUCUGUGGGAUAUACUUCACUCAAAGGCCAUCAGCAAAUCAGAGAGAGAGAACAUGCUGAAGAAAUACUUGCUCACAAUUGAAGAGGUCAUUGCAGUGCUCAACAAGUUGUUUCCUACCUCUGAAGGGCAAUCGUUGGAGCAAUAUGGUCAAACAGCUUCAUUUUUAAAGUCUGUAACUGUUCAAGUUUCUAUUGGAGAAUUUAAGGUAGAAGGCAAAGCUCAUUCACUCUGGGAGCUUCUACACUCUAAAUACAUCACCCCAGAGAAGAGGAAGGAACUUAUUGAAAAGUUUGAGUCCAAAAUGUUGACAUGGGAAGAAAUCUUCCAAAUAAUUGUCACUAUUAUAAAGGAGACAGAAGAGAGGGGUCGGAACCUCAAGUUUAAGGGUCUCAGGAAGCAGGUCUCAGCAUCUGAGCUCCUCCAGUCACAAAUCAUUGAUCAAGACACCCUCAUAGACCUGACACUGGGAAAAAAGACAUUGGCUGAAGUCACAGAGAUGGAUUCAGUAAAGAGAUACUUAGAGGGAACAAGCUGCAUUGCUGGUGUUUUAGUGUCUUCUAAAACUGACCCAUCAAAGAAGGUGAAGAUGAGCAUCUAUGAUGCCAUGUUAAAGGGUAUCCUGAGGCCGGGGACUGCCCUUGUGUUAUUGGAAGCACAAGCAGCCACUGGUUUUGUCAUUGACCCCAUUAAGAACAUAAAACUUUCAGUGGAUGAAGCAGCUGCCUCAGGGGUAAUAGGACAAGAGCUCCACGCCAAGCUUCUGUCUGCGGAGAAAGCCGUAACCGGUUACAAUGACCCCAGCACCAGCCAAAGAAUUUCUCUUUUCCAAGCAAUGCAGAGAGAGCUCAUUGUUAAAGACCACGGCAUCAGGCUCCUAGAAGCUCAGAUUGCAACAGGGGGCAUCAUCGACCCAGUUCACAGUCACCGUGUGCCGGUGGAAGUGGCCUACGAACGUGGUUACUUUGAUGAAGAGAUGAACCAAAUACUCUCUGAUCCCACGGAUGACACCAAAGGUUUCUUUGACCCAAAUACCCAUGAGAACCUCACCUACAUGCAGCUCCUCCAAAGAUGUGUCCAAGACCCAGACACGGAGCUGUUUAUGCUGGGGGUCAACACAAAAUAAAUUACAUAGAAAACAUUUGGUGAUGUCUCCAUCACUGUCAUGAGACUGAGGCUGCCCAAAUUUAGCCAUCAGGAGAUAGUCCUUCUAGAUCUUUCUGUGAUGCCUGCAUUGGGUGGGAUCUUCUGUGCGGGGACAACACUGCUCUUUACUGGACUCUUUCUCUAUAUCUCUAUCAAUCCCUAUCCAUGAACUAAUUCCUACUCACAUGGGAGAUCUUCUGGGAGCAAUUGCACUGGGAAAAUGAUCCCGUCUCCACUAACGACUUCAAUUACUCUUUACAAUGUUUACGCUGGUGUAUAAUAAUAAUUAGCAUGUUGGGAGAAGAUUGUAAUGUGCCUUUAACAAGGGUGGUUUGUUUCUUAGCAGGAACAUGUAAUAAUGUAUAAGGAUCUCAUACCUUCCCUGUGUAUUUGUACCUGUGGGGUGGGAGCUGCCAUGUUAUUCCUAUUCUGAGCCUACAUUUAGCUUGAGCCAUUUUAUGGAAACAAAAUGGCGGCCCCUAUACAUAAAUACAUAUGUACAGAGAAGGAAUGUUAAGGAAGAGACACCUGGGAGUUUCCUUGUCUGGGAGUAAAAGAGACUCUACUUUCUUUGUUUUGUAUAAAUAAACUGCUGUCUCAGCAAA